AUGAAAUCAUUUAUCUCCCUUUUUUUCUCUGGUAGUUUCGGUAUCAUAAUCAACGACAACAUUAAUGAAGCACAUACAAAAAAGAAACGAAUUGUAAAGUUUAGUAACAACGAAAGACAAAUGUGCGCUUGUGCAAUGCAAACGAAACCCGGAAAAUUCUUUAAUGCCACGCUUUUACUUCCUGAUCUCUCCAACUCCUAG